GUUCUUUCUCAGUCUCAGCGAUGGAACGGCAUCUCACUCUCUCUCUACUUGCAAUUACAGAGACGAUGUGUGGGAUUUGAGCACGCGAUGGGGCUUAAAAAAAGGCCACUGCUAAACUUCAGAACGGUGAGGAAGAUUGUGAAUUUGGAUGAUCACAUUGCAUUGGCCUGUGCUGGGCUCAAAGCUGAUGCUCGUGCCUUGAUAAACAAGGUGAGAAUUGAAUGUCAAAGCCACCAACUUACGGUUGAGGAUCCAGUAACUGUUGAGUAUAUUACUCGCUACAUUGCUGGUCUUCAACAGAAGUAUACACAAAGUGGUGGUGUUAGACCAUUUGGGCUUUCAACUUUGAUUAUUGGCUUUGACCCAUACACAGGUGCACCGGCACUAUAUCAGACAGAUCCUUUUGGGACAUUUUCAGCCUGGAAAGCAAAUGUCACUGGAAGAAACUCUAACUCAUUACGUGAGUUUCUUGAAAAAAACUACAAGGAGACAGCUGGGCAAGAAACCGUCAAGCUCGCCAUUCGUGCUUUGCUUGAGGUAAGUAAUAGUAGACGAUGCAUAUUUAAUCUAGUUUCUUAAAAUAAAUGAAUCAUUAGAAAUGAUGAUUAUGUAA